AUGCAUUUCAUUAAUUCUGCUCUUGCUCUUGGCCUUGGCCUCUGCUCUCAUCUGGUUGCUGCUACCGGGUCAUUCGGAAUUCAAACGGAUGACAACAACGGCUGUGUUGUCCGAGGUGACAACCUUAACAGUGGUUGCUCGGGCACUUCUACAGCUUUCGCCACUCUAGAUAGCUACAGUAUUGACUGCUCAACCAACUUCCAACCCACCAUACUGCAACUAUGCGAUGGUACUAAUGUUGAUCUUACCGAUGCCGUGGACCAGGGCUCUGGCUAUUAUCUGACCCUGUGGGAUGACGAUUGGAAGGCUGACGGCUACUGUUAUUUGUCAAGCCUCAAUGUUGGUAGUGGCUGUGCCCCAACAACCUCUGGCGCUCCUCCAGCUGCUACGAGCGUGCAGCCUGUCAGCGAAUGA